GACCCCGCGCGCGCGUGGAGGAGGAGGAGGAGGAGGAAGGCGGAGGUCACGUGACGGUCGCGGGCGCCGCCGCCGCCGCUUUGUGAGCGCACCGGGCAGAUUUUGUAUUUUGUAGAUACGUUGUUUUGUAUAUACUGUAUAUGAUGACUUCGGUGGGCAGUGAACGUACCCGGGGCACUCGGGACAAAAUGCAAAUUUCAGCCACACAGCCAACACAACCACAGAAACAAGUAGUGCAGGCAACAGCAGAACAGAUUCGCCUUGCUCAGAUGAUCUAUGAUAAGAAUGACGCAGAUUUUGAAGAUAAAGUGAAACAACUUAUGGAAGUGACGGGGAAGAACCAGGAUGAAUGCAUAGUGGCACUACAUGAUUGUAAUGGGGAUGUGAACAGAGCAAUCAACAUUCUGCUGGAAGGAAGUUCAGACACGACUUCUUGGGAGACUGUAGGGGGAAAGAAGAAAAGCCUUGGAAAGGAAGGUUCAGAAAACAAAGAGAACAGAGAGAAACGAGGGGACAGAGAAGUGAGUCGCGGACGGGGAAGUUCCACCAGACGGGGAAGAGGAGGCAGCCGUGGACGAGAGUUUAGAGCUGAAGAGAAUGGAGUGGACAGCAAUCAAGGAGACAGGCCUUCAGACCGUGGGAAACGUGGCCGUGGGAGAGGGUUUGGACGUGGCAGAGGGAGAGGAGCGGGGAGGUUUUCAGCCCAAGGCAUGGGGACAUUUAAUCCUGCAGACUAUUCGGAGUCUUCUGCCACUGAUGGCUUUGGGACAAAGUCAGAGAUCUGGGAGACUGGUCAGAAUGAUGCAGAUGAUGGAACUGGAGCAUGGAAGAACUCAAUAGAAGAAUGGACAGCAGAAGACUGGAAUGAAGAUCUUUCUGAAACAAAAGUCUUCACCGCAUCUUCUGUUCCAGCUGAAAAUCAUGUGACUCCUGGGCAAAGCAUUGAUUUGGUGACACUGCUUCAAAAGCCAGUGACAUCUACGCAAGAAACAGAAGGCAACUCAUUUGAGUCUCCCCAGCAGCAGACCUUUGGCCAAGCCUUAGUAUUCACAAAUUCUCAGCACAGCACGCAGAUGGCAUCAGGAACAGGCAGCUCCAGUGCUGUAAACUCUUAUUCUCCUCAAAGUCUGUCGGCAGUUCUUUGUUCUGGCUUUGGAGAGCUCAGAUCUUCUAAACUGACAAAUUCUACUGGUUCCCAAAUCUUGGACCAAUUGAAAUCACCAGGAUUGGGUCAGUUUACCUCUCAACAAACUAAUAGCAGUUCUGCCACCACUAGCACAGUUGCUGCGUCAUCCUGGGAUCUAAAACCACCUAGUACUCAGUCCUCAGUCCUCAGUCAGUUUGACUUUAAAUCUCAGCCUGAGCCAUCUCCAGUUCUGAGCCAGCUGACACAGCGACAGCAACAAAUGCAGGUGGUUCCUGUUCCUCCUCCUGGGCUGGAGUCAUCCUCCUCCCAAGUAAAACUCCGAGAGCCAUCACCAGUGGACACCUCUACAGCUGUUAGCAAAAUAUUACAGCUCCCCACUAUUUCUAUGGAUAGCCAGGCAGUGACUGUUCAUCAAACCCAACAGAAACAGAUAAAACCGCCAAAAAGGAGGAUAACUCCAGCAUCCAAGAUUCCUGCCUCUGCUGUGGAGAUGCCUGGAUCAGCAGACAUGACAGGGUUAAAUGUUCAGUUUGGAGCUCUUGAGUUUGGAUCAGAGCCUACACUCCCAGAGUUUGGAUCAACUUCAAGCAGUGAAAAUACCAACCAGGCGACCAACAAUAGCUUAUAUUCAAAAUCUGUAAAGUAUGUUGAUCCUUUGAAUACCUCUUUGCCAAUAUCCAAUACAGUACAGGACUCCACCUACACAACCUCUGCCAUCAGCUCUUCCAGUCUGACCUGCUCAUCCCAGACCACUAGCCCAGUAACAACUUCCUCCUAUGACCAGCCUUCUGUGCAUAGCAGGAUAGCGUACCAAAGCUCCAUGGCUCUGUCUGAAGCAGCCCCUGUUGCAGUUACGAACGGGCACAGUGGUGUUAGGACACAGGCAACACUUGACACUAUUUCAUCAAUUGCAGCACCUAAGACAGAGCCUUCUCCCUCGCUACCUUCUGCUGGCUCUCUGCCCAGUGUGGUGUCUACCACGGCCUCACUUCUACCUUCAGCAACGCAGCACGUGGCAGCAUUGCCCAGCUUGCCUCAGUCCAGUGAUCUGGCCAGCAGCUCACUCUCCCAGCUGAGCAGCUCCCUUUCCAAUCAUCAGACCAGCCUCUCUCCUGCCUCAGUGUUGUCUUCAGGCACAUCACAUGUGCACACUAGUAUUGAGAACACAACUUCGCUCCAGCCCUCAACAACCUUUUCAACUGCUUCAACCUCAGCCACUAGCACCACCUCCUCGGUUGUCAGCAUGGCAAGCAGUAUGAACACUACAAACAGCCUUGGCCUGAGUGUUACCAGUGUGUCUAUACCAGCUGCUACCACACGGGCAGCUCCCUUAGUGUCUUCAGGAAAUCUUACAGAGAGAAGCAAAGCACCCCCAAACCUGCCCCAAGGUGUACCACCCUUGUUGCAUAACCAGUAUAUUGUGGGACCUGGAGGACUUCUGCCUGCCUACCCACAGAUUUAUGGUUAUGAUGAUCUCCAGAUGCUUCAAUCCAGACUGCCAAUGGAUUACUAUGGAAUUACAUUCCCAGCUCCUGCAACCUUGACAGGCAGAGAUGGGAGCCUUGCUAACAACCCGUACUCAGGUGACGUAACAAAAUUUGGCCGUGGAGAUACUGCCUCUCCUGCUCCUGCAACCACACUGGCCCAGCCACAGCAGAGCCAGACACAGACUCACCACACGACUCAGCAGCCUUUCCUCAACCCGACCCUGCCCCCAGGGUACAGCUACACUGGGCUCCCUUACUAUGCAGGGAUGCCUGGUGUUCCCAGUGCAUUCCAAUAUGGGCCAACCAUGUUUGUACCUCCAGCAUCUGCUAAACAGCAUGGAGUCAACCUGAACACGGCGUCGACUCCCUUUCAGCAGGCGAGUGGCUACAGCCAGCAUGGCUACGGUGCAGGCUACGAUGACUUAACGCAGGGAACGGCCACUGGAGAUUACAGCAAAGGAGGCUACAGUGGGUCAUCUCAAGCACAAAACAAAUCUGCUGGCACUGGACCUGGGAAAGGUGUUUCUGUGACCUCAAGUAACACGGGUGUGCCUGAUAUCAGUGGCUCAGUCUAUAACAAGACUCAGGUAUUCAGUGUGACUUGGCUUCCUCGUGGGACGUUUGACAAGCAGGGAUUCCAUGCUGGCACCCCACCUCCCUUCAGCCUGCCUUCUGCUCUCGGAUCCACUGGGCCCCUGAACCCUGGUGCUGCCCCAGGUUAUGCUCCAGCCCCGUUUCUCCAUAUCCUCCCUGCACAUCAGCAGCCUCAUUCCCAGAUGCUGCAUCACCACCUUCAGCAGGAUGGGCAGGGUGGAUCUGGCCAACGCAACCAACCCAGCACCAUGCAGCAAAAGUCUCAGGCUACCAAAACCGCCUAUGGCACUUCUCCAUACUGGACAAACUAAACCUGAAACCGGGGAGGGGGGAGAGAAUGAAAGGAGAGGAGGAAGGAAAAAAAAAAAAGAAAACAAAAGCAAAGAAAAGAGAAGAAAGAAAAUAAAAGCUGAAGCCCAUUCUUGGAAUUAUUAGGAAAAGUAACUGCUCAGCCAAA